UUAUGAUAUUUUUUUUGCCUGCUUGAGCGGAUAAAUAAAAACGCCAGAGUCCCCCAGACGGUCUGAUGUUCCCACCCAAUCAAAGCUUGGGAGCAAAACCCUAAUGCCCAAGAAAUCUUCGAUUCAGUCUCUACUCGCAGCAAAUCUGAAUAAGAAGCUAGAACUGAUAUUAUUCAAGUGCUUUGUGCUCAAAGUCUCUUUCAGUGUCUAGAAGUAAUUUUGAUUCCACAAAACCGAUUCUUAGUGUGUAUUUCCAGUCCACCGAUUGCUCAGCCACCCACAUCCCCAGCAUAAUGCUUAUGCUUAACUUGCAUCUGGUAUGGAUCAGCAAAAGUUGGAUGGGAAAUGAGCCUCCCAAGUGUGUUGUCAUAGUUUCAGGACCCUCCUAGUAAGUAUAAUUUGCUAUUAUCGGCCUGAUUCUUCCAAGAAUGAGCAAUGCCUAUAUCACUGGGUUUCGUACCAUUCACCAUAAAGCAGCAUCGCCAUUUCCUUCAUGCAAGUUGCAUGGAAAUGGAAUUCCAUUUCCUUCAUGCAAGUUGCAUGGAAAUGGAAUUUUCAGAACCUUCUCCACAUGCACCUCGCCGUUGAACUCCUCAACUCCCCCGCUCAGCAUUCGAUCCCCUUCAUCACUUGUGUUGGCAUCUUCCCAGAUUGUCCCAUCUAAUCUGCCACAGCGCUCAGAAGAAUGGUUUGCCCUGCGCAGGGACAAGCUGACAACAAGCACUUUCAGCACUGCACUGGGCUUUUGGAAAGGCAACCGUCGUCAUGAACUCUGGCAUGAGAAAGUAUUUGCAUCAGAUGUACAAUCCAUAGAAGCCUCUAGAAAUAGUGCCAUGGAGUGGGGCAUGCUCAAUGAAGCAGCAGCUAUAGAGCAGUACAAAAGCAUCACAGGUCGUGAUGUGAGCUUGUUAGGGUUCGCGAUCCAUUCAGAGGAGCAAUUCAAUUGGCUUGGUGCUUCCCCAGAUGGUCUUCUUGGGUGCUUCCCAGGUGGUGGUAUCCUAGAAGUGAAGUGCCCAUACAACAAAGGGAAGCCUGAGAUGGGUCUUCCCUGGUCUACUAUGCCUUUCUAUUACAUGCCUCAGGUGCAGGGUCAAAUGGAGAUAAUGGGUAGAGAAUGGGUUGAUCUGUAUUGCUGGACACCAAAUGGGAGCACAAUAUUCCAUGUAUGUAGAGACCGCAGUUACUGGGAGCUGAUACAUGGAAUUUUACACGAGUUCUGGUGGGAAAGUGUGGUCCCUGCUAGGGAAGCUCUAUUGCUGGGGAAGGAGGAGGAGGCCAGGUUGUAUAAACCAGCAUCAACACACAAACAGACAGGACUGGUGAUUAGUAAGAGCAUAAAGUUGGCUGCUGAGUCUAAAUUGUCGUGCAGAGAGAUUGCAAGUCAUAUCGAAUUUUUCAGAUGAAAGAGCAACCCAACUUGUUUUGAGUUUCCUUUUUCUCCUCUGGUUCAACCAUGUAUUCCUUUAUUGACUUACAGGCUCUUGUAAAUUUAUUACUCCCAAUUCAUUACUUAAUUUACUGUUUCAUCAUGUUUCUUCCUA